AUGGCUAAAGAAGAGGAUAUUGGAAUUCAGCCAGCGUUAGCUGGGCUUGAAGCUGCCUAUAAGAACAUGGAUUUGCGCCAUCAGCGUGUUCAGGAGCUGACUGAGAAUGUCACUGGAGAAAUCAAGAACCCCCUUAUGGGAAUUCCCAAGGCGCAGCUCAUGGCUGAUGUCGAGGCCUAUGCCAACAAGUUCGAUCUCACUGACAUUCUCCCAUUGCUGAAGAAGGGAGCUUUGGUCUCGCAGAACCCCCGAAACUUUGAGAACAUCGAAGAACUCGACGAAGACGAUCGUCAGGCUUUGCGUGAGGAAGUCACUCAUCGCUGGAAGCAUCCAUGGGCCUUGUACUUUACGAUCAUUCUCAAUUCCAUCGCCGCUGCUGUUCAGGGUUGGGAUCAGGAAGGUUCCAAUGGUGCAAUCUUGACUUUCCAGGAUGCUCUUGGAAUUCCUAAUUCUAGUCCUGGGCCAUGUGACCUGGCUGGCACCUGCGAUCGCAAUACCUGGCUUGUCGGUACAAUUGUCUCGAUGCCCUAUUUGAUUAUCGCUGUGUUGAUCGCUUGGAUUGCUGAUCCUUUGAACCGUUGGCUUGGUCGUCGUGGUGUUAUUUUCCUCGGUGCUAUCUUCAGUUUGAUCGCACCUUUCGGUUCUGCUCUUGUCCAAACAUGGCCUCAAUUGAUCGUUUGUCGUUGUCUUCUCGGUGCUGGUAUGGGUCUCAAAGAAGUCACGGUCCCUGUGUUCUCGGCUGAGACUGCCCCUACCAUCAUUCGUGGAGGUCUGGUUAUGACCUGGCAGCUGUGGACUGCAUUCGGUAUCUUCUGUGGCGUUUGCGCCAACUUGGUCCUUGCCAAAACUGGACCCAUCGCUUGGCGAUUACAGUUCGGUUCUGCGUUCAUUCCGGCCAUUCCACUUGUGUUGGGAAUCUGGUUCUGUCCAGAAUCUCCCCGUUGGCUCAUGACGAAGAAGAAACACAAAAAGGCAUACAAUUCUCUGUUGCGUCUGCGAAACACCCCCCUUCAAGCCGCACGAGACUUGUACUUCAUCCAUGCUUCAUUGAUUCAAGAGGAUAUUCUGUUGGAAGAAGCUGGAUUCUCCAAGACUGCGAGCCUAAUUACUCGCUUUAUCGAGUUGUGGACUAUCCCACGGAAUCGCCGUGCCGCCCAGGCAUCUGGUGUUGUGAUGAUUGCCCAACAAAUGUGUGGAAUCAACAUCAUUUCUUUUUACUCCACAAGUAUCUUCGCUUCGGCAGGAGCUAGCAAUAUCGGCGCUCUGCUUGCUUCUUUUGGCUUUGGCGCCAUCAACUUCCUGUUCGCCUGGCCGGCUGUUUGGACGAUCGAUACAUUUGGUCGACGAACUCUACUGCUUUUCACCUUCCCCAACAUGUGUUGGUCCUUGCUUGUUGCUGGGUUCUGUUUCUGGAUUCCAUCAGAUAACAAAGCUCACCUUGGAUUGAUCGCCUUCUUCAUUUACAUUUUCUGCAUGUUUUACUCUCCAGGCGAAGGACCUGUGCCUUUUGCUUAUUCUGCAGAGGUGUUCCCGUUGUCUCAUCGUGAGAUCGGUAUGUCCUGGGCCGUGGCGACCAACAAUUGGUGGUGUGCAGCAUUGGGUAUUACUUUCCCUUACAUGCUCAAGGCGAUGACACCACUGGGCGCAAUCGGAUUCUAUGCAGCGUUGAACAUCGUCGCUUUUGUGCUAAUCUUCCUCUUUGUCCCCGAGACCAAACAACGUUCUCUUGAAGAGCUAGACUAUGUCUUUGCAGUGACUACUCGCCGUCACGCGUCGUACCAGUUGGGUACUGUUCUCCCAUGGUGGAUUAAGCGGUACAUCUUCCGUCGAAAGGGCUUGGUUUGCCCAGAGCUUUACAAGAUCGACUUGGAUGACGACAGCAGCAGCAGCUCAGCUGUUAUUCCAGGUAGCAACAAGGCUGGGACAGAAGCUAGCGAAUAUCAGACCUCUACUGUUUGA